ACUUGUCAAAAAGACUUUGUAGAAAUGAAGAAGCAUUUACAGAAGAAGAUUGAGAAAGGAAAGACUCAGAAGGAGGCCAAGUACUCUAUUUAUGGGUAUGCUGCAGCAUUACAGUAUUGGGCUUUUGAGUCCAUCAUUGAGUUGGGUCAGGAUUAUGCUGUGAGAUUGGGCCAAGGCAUUCCAAGAAUGAUCAACUGGCAGAGCAAGGAGAAAGUAGAGAUACACAAAGAGCAACUUAUUAAGUUGUUUGCCAAAAAGUUGACAGUAUACCCCUACCUGUGUGCCCGACCUGCUGAAGAACAGUAUGUGAGGAACCUUACAGACAAUGAAGCCCCAUUGUAUGUGGACAUGGGGUUAGAGGAACUAGAGGUGGGUGCUGAUGGACAGCCUACACAGGAAGCCUUACAGAGCCAGGCUGAAAAGCUUGCUGAAAAGUUAGCUGAACAAGCAGAAGCAGCAAAUAUUUUUAAGGAGGUUUCACCACCUCCAGCACCUGAGGUUCCCCCAUCAGCACCUCAUGCCAGCACCUCCUCCCAAGAUGAGCAACCAAGCUACUCUAUGAUUUUGGCCAGGUUGGAAAAGGUUGAAGGGCAACAAAGUGCCCUUAUUAAAGGUCAGUCCGAGAUCUUGGGUCAAUUGCAGAAGCUGAUGACAAUGAUGGAAGAUCUUAGUAGGCCAGCUCCAGAUCCACACCCUCAGUCCACUGAAGAAGGCCCUCAGUCUCUUGUAGAUGAAGACAUUCUCCCUAACGAUUACAGACCUGAUGAUGUAGAUGAUCACAUUUUUCACACACCAGAGGAUAUGCAAAUUAUUGUAAUCGGAGAUACUGAAGAUUCUGAGGUACAAUUCUUAGACAUAGCUCCACCAGCACCGGAGAAGAGGAGAGAAAGAAAGAGGCCUAGGUGGUUCGAUGAGUACACUGCAAUAAAGAAAAGGAAUAAGAAAAUGAAGACAGUAGUGAAUGUGGAUCCAUUGAGGGUUGUUGAUGGAAAAUUACUUAUGACCUUUCACAAGUGGUUGCUUGGCACUAUUGGGAAUAAAUAUCUGAGGGAAUGCUUCUCAGGGACACAUGAUGCUGCUUGGUUCCUGAAACUGCAUACUCCGAGGACAUGGCUUUCUGACUUUGUAAGUUUUCUAUAACUUCAUAAUUAAAAAAUGUUGAAAAUUUAUUUAAAUGUUUCUAUAAGUAGUUG